GCGCGCGCCCCGCGGGGUCCGUGUGAGGGAGGGACGGAGCGAGCGAGCGGCGGAGCCCGGCCCGCGAUGGAGUGAGGGAGGGAGCGCGGCCGCUCCGCCCGCCCGCCGCUCUCCCUCCGCUGCCUCCGCGCAGCCCGCCCGGUAGGGAAGGAAGGCAGGAGGAGCCCCCCCCGGGGGAGGGGCUGGCGCUGGGUGCAGCCCGGCUGCCGGGCGCGGGGAGUGGAGCGAUGGCGGCGCGGAGAGCCCGGCGAUUCCUCGGCUCCCUGUGCAUCGCCCUUCUCUUCGCGCAGACCGCACCGACCGGCGCCGCGGCGCGGAGCGGCUCCCGGAGCCUCCUGACGGAAUCACUGGUGAGAACCUUCACUCCUUUCUACUUCCUGGUGGAGCCCCUGGACGUGCUGUCGGUGCGCGGGGCGUCGGUGAUCAUGAACUGCUCGGCUCAGUGCGAGACCCCUCCCAGGAUCGAGUGGAAGAAGGAUGGCUCUUUCCUCAACUUGGUGUCGGACGACCGCCGCCAGCUGCUGCCAGAUGGAUCUUUAUUAAUUAACAGCGUGGUGCAUUCCAAGCAUAAUAAACCUGAUGAAGGAUAUUAUCAGUGCGUGGCAACUGUGGACAGCCUGGGGACCAUCGUGAGCAGGACGGCGAAGCUCACCGUGGCAGGUCUGCCCAGGUUCACGAGCCAGCCGGAGCCCACCUCAGCGCACCGGGGGGACAGCGCCGUGCUGGGCUGCGAGGUGACGGCCGAGCUGGCGCCGCUGCUGCGCUGGGAGCGCGAGCGCCAGGCGCUGGCCCCGGGGCCGCGCGUGCUGCAGCUGCCCGGGGGGGCCCUGCUGCUCACCAACGCCUCGGACACCGACGCGGGGCUCUACCGCUGCGCCCUCGACACCGGCGGCACCCCCAAGUACAGCGACGAGGCCGAGCUCAAAGUCCUGCCAGAUGCAGAGGAGCCGCAGAGGCUGGUGCUGCUGAAGGCGCCCUCGUCCCUCAGCCGCCUGCCCGGCCAGAGCGCCGUGUUCCCCUGCGUGGCUGCCGCCUUCCCUCCUCCCCUCGUCAGGUGGACAAGGAGCGGGGAGGAGCUUCCCACUGAUGGGUCUGGCCGGUUCCAGCUGCUGCCUGGGGGGGUGCUGGAGAUCCGGGACGUGGCCGAGGCCGACGCCGGGACCUUCACCUGCAUCGCUGAGAGUGGCAACGACACCCUGGAGGCUCAGGCAGAGCUGGCAGUCCAAGUUCCCCCCACGUUCCUGAAGCGCCCUGCGAACAUCUACGCCCACGAGUCCAUGGACAUCGUGUUUGAGUGCGAGGUGACCGGGAAGCCAACGCCGACCGUCAAGUGGGUCAAGAACGGGGACGUGGUGAUCCCCAGUGACUACUUCAAAAUCGUGAAAGAACAUAACCUGCAAGUUUUGGGGCUGGUGAAGUCUGAUGAAGGAUUCUAUCAGUGCAUUGCUGAAAACGAUGUUGGAAAUGCACAGGCUGGAGCCCAGCUGAUAAUACUUGACCUUGAUGUUGCCAUCCCAACAUUACCUCCCACUUCACUGACCAGUGCCACUAAUGACCAUCUAGCACCAGCCACAGCGGGACCCCUGCCCUCCGCCCCGCGGGACGUCGUGGCCACCCUCGUGUCCACUCGCUUCAUCCGGCUCACGUGGCGGCCGCCGGCCUCGGACCCGCAGGGAGACAACCUCACCUACUCCAUCUUCUACACCAAGGAGGGCAUCAACAGGGAACGUGUGGAAAACACGAGUCGUCCUGGAGAGACGCAGGUGAUGAUCCAGAACCUGAUGCCAGAGACAGUUUACGUGUUCCGGGUUGUGGCCCAGAACAGGCACGGCCCCGGCGAGAGCUCGGCACCGCUCAAGGUGGCAACGCAGCCCGAGGUCCAGCUGCCCGGCCCCGCUCCCAACAUCCGCGCCUUCUCCAGCUCCCCCACCAGCGUCACUGUCACCUGGGAGACACCGCUCUCGGGCAACGGGGACAUCCAGAACUACAAACUCUACUACAUGGAGAAAGGACAGCACACAGAGCAGGACGUGGACGUGGCGGGGCUGUCGCACACGGUGGCGGGGCUGAAGAAGUUCACCGAGUACAGCUUCCGCGUGGUCGCCUACAACAAGCACGGCCCCGGCGUCUCCACCCACGACGUCGUGGUGCGCACCCUGUCCGACGUCCCCAGUGCUCCACCACAGAAUCUAACGCUGGAGGUCCGGAAUUCCAAGAGCAUCCUGCUGCAGUGGCAGCCCCCUCCUGCCGGGACCCAGAGCGGGCAAAUCACGGGCUACAAAAUCCGCUACCGGAAAGUGUCACGCAAGAGCGACGUCACCGAGAGCGUGGGGGGCACCCAGCUCUCCCAGCUCAUCGAAGGGCUGGAGCGAGGCACCGAGUACAGCUUCCGCGUGGCCGCCAUGACCGUCAACGGCACCGGCCCCGCCACGGACUGGGUGUCAGCAGAGACCUUCGAGAGCGACCUGGACGAGAGCCGUGUGCCCGAGGUGCCCAGCUCCCUGCACGUGCGGCCGCUGGUCACCAGCAUCGUGGUGAGCUGGACCCCGCCCGAGAACCAGGACGUGGUGGUGAGGGGCUACGCCAUCGGCUACGGCAUCGGCAGCCCCCACGCCCAGACCAUCAAGGUGGACUACAAGCAGAGAUACUACACCAUUGAGAACCUGGAUCCCAGCUCCCACUAUGUGAUAACCCUGAAAGCCUUCAACAACGUGGGGGAAGGGAUCCCCCUGUACGAGAGCGCUGUGACCCGGCCCCACUCCGACACUUCCGAGGUUGAUUUGUUUGUUAUUAAUGCUCCAUACACUCCAGUGCCAGAUCCGUCUCCCAUGAUGCCCCCGGUGGGAGUUCAGGCUUCCAUCCUGAGCCAUGACACCAUCAGGAUCACUUGGGCAGACAACUCCCUGCCCAAGAACCAGAAGAUCACGGACGCGCGGUUCUACACCGUCCGCUGGAAAACCAACAUCCCUGCCAACACCAAGUACAAGACUGCAAAUGCCACCACUCUGAGCUACCUGGUGACGGGGCUGAAGCCAAACACCCUCUACGAGUUCUCGGUGAUGGUGACCAAGGGCAGGAGAUCCAGCACCUGGAGCAUGACAGCACAUGGGACAACCUUUGAAUUAGUGCCAACCUCGCCCCCCAAGGACGUGACCGUGGUGAGCAAGGAGGGCAAGCCCCGCACCAUCAUCGUCAACUGGCAGCCGCCCUCCGAGGCCAACGGCAAAAUCACAGGCUACAUCAUCUACUACAGCACGGACGUCAACGCCGAGAUCCACGACUGGGUGAUCGAGCCCGUGGUGGGCAACAGGCUGACCCACCAGAUCCAGGAGCUCACCCUGGACACCCCCUACUUCUUCAAGAUCCAGGCCCGCAACUCCAAGGGCAUGGGGCCCAUGUCUGAGGCCGUGCAGUUCCGCACCCCCAAAGCUGAAUCCUCAGAUAAAAUGCCCAAUGACCAAGCCUCGGGAUCUGCUGGGAAGGGGAGCCGCCCCAUGGACCUGGGCCCAGACUACAAACCCCCGCUGGGAGGCAGUAACAGUCCCCACGGCAGCCCCACAUCCCCCCUGGACAGCAACAUGCUGCUGGUGAUCAUCGUGUCCGUGGGCGUCAUCACCAUCGUCAUCGUCGUCAUCGUCGCCGUCUUCUGCACGCGCCGCACCACGUCCCACCAGAAAAAGAAACGAGCCGCCUGCAAAUCCGUGAACGGCUCCCACAAGUACAAGGGCAACUCCAAAGAUGUCAAACCUCCAGACCUUUGGAUCCAUCACGAGAGGCUGGAGCUCAAACCCAUUGAUAAAUCCCCAGAUCCCAAUCCCAUCAUGACAGACACCCCGAUCCCUCGCAACUCCCAGGACAUCACCCCGGUGGACAACUCCAUGGACAGCAAUAUCCAUCAAAGGCGGAAUUCCUACCGAGGACACGAGUCAGAGGACAGCAUGUCCACGCUGGCAGGAAGGAGGGGCAUGAGGCCCAAGAUGAUGAUGCCUUUUGAUUCUCAGCCACCUCAGCCUGUGAUUAGUGCUCAUCCCAUCCAUUCCCUCGACCCCCCUCACCACCAUUUCCACUCCGGCAGCCUCGCCUCUCCAACCCGCAGCUUCCUGCACCACCAGCUCAGCCCGUGGCCCCUGGGCUCUGCCAUGUCCCAUUCGGACAGGGCCGACUCCACAGAGUCCGUCCGGAACACGCCCAGCACGGACACGAUGCCGGCGGCCUCGGCCGUGCCCAGCGCGGAGCUGCCCGAGGCCGAGGGGCCGUUCCUGCCCGCGGAGGAGGAGCCCCAGGGCCCCCCCACGGCCCACGUGCGCCCCUCGCACCCCCUCAAGAGCUUCGCCGUGCCCGCCGUGCCCAACGCCGGGGGCCCCUUCGACCCUGCCCUGCCCAGCACCCCCCUGCUGACCCAGCAAGCCCCUGGGCACCCCCUGCACGCGGUGAAGACGGCGUCCAUCGGCACCUUGGGCAGGACUCGGCCGCCCAUGCCCGUGGUGGUGCCCAGCGCCCCCGAGGUGCAGGAGACCACGCGGAUGCUGGAGGACUCGGAGAGCAGCUACGAGCCGGACGAGCUGACCAAAGAAAUGGCGCACCUGGAGGGACUCAUGAAGGACCUGAACGCCAUCACCACGGCCUGAGCGCCGCCGCCCGCCUCCGACUCGGCCGGAACACGAGGAGCUGAACAGUGGAAAAACUAAAGGAAAAAAAGAGAAAAAAAAAAUAAACAAACCAGAAAGAGGGACAGCACAUGAGAGCAGUGGAGGGAGGAGGAGAGGAAGCAGCCCCGGGUGACCCCGGUGUCACCCCUUGUCCUGCAGGGAGCCACGCGGGGUUCCGGCAGCACCAGCGGGAUGGGCCACGCCAGCCAGGCUGGGAUCCAGCAGGACAAGAGCAAAGCAAAGUGGACUCGCCAUUAGUUUUUUUCUGGUCAGGUUUUGUCUCAGUGGUGUGAUUGCCCUGCCUUUUCAGUGUUGGACAUUGGCAUUUAUGUACAAUUUUAUUUGUGUUUUUAUUUUAUCUUUUUUUAUAAAAAGGAAAAAAAUAUUGUAAUUAAAAAAAAAAAAAGGGAGAAAAUGUUGUUUUCCGCAGCCUAGGCUGAGGUUUGACUGCUUGUUCUAUUGUGUAUGAAAAUUCAUUGCCAGUGUGGGUUGUUCUGUUUUGUUUUUUAUUCUGCGUAUAAUUACGUCCCCUUCUGGCAGUUAAUCCAUGGCCUUUUGGGAUGCUGCACUGCUCUUUGUAAGCUUUUUUAUUAUUUUUAUAUUAUAAUUAUUAAAAGCCUGACUUUCUCCUCUCAUCACUGUGAGAUUCCCGGUCUGUUUGAGUUGAGGUGUAAUUGGAGAGCCUUGUUUGUCGCUUUUUGUGCAGUUUAAUAUUUUGAGUGGGGGGAGAAGUAGCUGGGGAAGGGGAGGUUAUCCUGGGGAGGGUUCAUUCCUGUUGUUUUCCUGUCUUUUUCCAGUGACUGGGAAGACUGAAGAACAAGGAAACAUCUUCAGCUGUACUGUGUGUCUGGUCACUGGGCGCAGGAAGAGGCUCCUUUAGGAACAUGCAGAGAAUUCCUCCUGGGAAUUGGGGUUCUCCUGCCUAGGUGACCCUACAGGAAGCUUCUUUUGGCAGCUGUUUUGUUGUUGUUGGUUUAAAGAUGGAUCAGGAGCCUUGGAAGUGCAGAGUGAGAGCUCAGCAAGGCUGCAGGGCUGGGCUCAGAGAACUUGAGGAUUUUCUCAUUCCCAGCAGCCCAGAUCCUGCCUGGAGAGCACUGAGUGUCCUGCAGGUCCUGUCCCAGACCAUCCCAACAGGAAUCCUGCUCUGAAGGGUUCCUCGGACACAAACCAAGGCAAAAAUUUGUAUUUUUUUACACUUUGGAAACCAUGUAAAAAUAACCCCAGUAUUGGUGAGCCAGGUGCUGUUCACAGACCUGUCUGGAAAGGGAGGAGAGGGAACAGGGAGGGAACAGGGGUUUUCCUUCUCUCUUUGUGUGCUUGCCUGGCUCUGGCCUUCUCUGCAUUAAAAAAAAAAAGGGCUGGAGUUGAGUAAAAUGAGAAAUAAAAAGAGAGAGAACCCUCAACCAGCUGCCAAUGAACUCCUGUGCAGUUUCACUUCUAGGAUAAAAGGAAUCCCAAACUUCCUGAUGCUUCAGGGGCUGGGAUUUGGGAAGCUCAGGCCCCUCUGUGCCUCUGCCAGGAGAUUUCCACUGAAGUGGCAAAAAGAACUUGGCUUCCUGUGCUUCCCUCGAUCCCCUGAAGUGGGGCUGGAGCUCCCAGUGCUGUCCCUGGGGGAAGGGAGAGCAGGGAUUGAGGGUGGGGUCACUUCCUUUCUUUUCCUGGACUCUGUGGUGCCAUUCCUGGGCCAUUUCUUGCAUUUAUUUAUUACUGAGGGAGGGGAGGGAAUUAAAUAAAUUGUAGCACCGUGGGCCACCUGGAUAAUUAACGUUUGGACUUUGAAUCAGUACAAUUCAGGGCAAAAUAAGCUACAGAACAUGUAUUUAAAGAAUAAAAUCCACCCCCUGGCCUGAAAAAGGAGGGUGUGGAUCUGUUCCUUUGCCUAUUUUUUACCUAUACCCAAAGAAAUGCCAUCCUACACACACAGUAUUCCCAGCUGGGGGCCUUUGUGAAUAUUCCUUAUGUAGAACACCAUGAAUGUUAAUAUUGUCAUUGAAUUUGGGGAGGGGGAAUAUUUUUAAUGAUAAAACAACUGUUCAAAGUUGGUUUUUUAAGGUUAAACUGAAAAAAAAAAAAAAGAAAAAACAUUUAUUCAAUUCAGUGUACAAUCUGUAUUGCACUUUUUCACAUUUUAAUGCUACGUUUUCUUACAUAUCCUGUGAUUUUAACUUUGGAACAUUGUGUAUCCUUGUAGUGUCAUAGUCCAGCUGUGCAGUGACAGCUUCCCUCAGACAUUUGGGGAAAAGGAACAAACCAAACCUGUACAUUGUUUUAUGAUUCUCAUGUAGAAGAAUUUCAAGGACUGCUGUAGAUGUCGACCUUUCUGUACAAUUUUUUUGCUUUUCUGUAGUAUUUGCUGUAUUCUCUAUGGCUUUUUUUAAUAACUUCAUGUUUAUUAUUUUGUAUUGGGCAUCCAAUACACUUUUUUAAUCC